UUUACUCCUAAUUUGUAUUCAUCAAUUCAGAAAAUAUCAGUCUAAUCUCUUCUCCUCACUCUCUCUCUUACGCUUCCAAUGGCAACUCUCUUGAACCCUUCUUCUCUGCUUCUGCCGCCCAAACCCUUCCUUUCAACUCGUCUCCAACCCACCCCACCUCUUUCUCUCCGAGUCAACUCGCUGACUCAUCACCUUCCUUCAACAUCAGCUCGUCUUCCUCGUUUCGUCAAAGCUGCAGCACUCGACAGUGACUAUUCACCCAAGAGGAGCAGCAGCAAUGAGCCGAGGGAAACGAUAAUGUUGCCUGGAUGUGAUUAUAACCAUUGGCUUAUUGUUAUGGAGUUCCCUAAAGACCCUGCUCCUACAAGAGAGCAAAUGAUUGAGACAUAUCUUAACACUCUUGCUACUGUCCUUGGCAGCAUGGAAGAAGCAAAGAAGAACAUGUAUGCUUUUAGCACCACUACAUAUACAGGGUUCCAAUGUACUGUAUCAGAAGAAACCUCUGAAAAGUUUAAGGGAUUGCCUGGAGUUCUGUGGGUGCUGCCUGAUUCCUACAUAGAUGUCAAAAAUAAAGAUUAUGGAGGCGAUAAAUAUAUCAAUGGUGAAAUAAUUCCCUGCAAAUACCCUACUUAUCAACCCAAGCCAAGAAAAGAAUCAAAAUAUGUGAACAGAAGAUAUGAAAGACGAAAAGAUGGUCCACCUGCUGGAAAGUUCAGACCAAAGCAAGCAGCAAAUCAGUCAGAAUCAUCACCUUGACAAGUUAAUAAAUGUUUCACCGCAAGGACGAUUGACACUUGGCAAGCUGAUAUCACUACUCUGCAUGUUAUUGGAACACUUGUUCUGGGGUAGCAUAUAUCUGUUCUAUAAAUUUUCCCUUGUAAAGCCUUUGUAGUAGUUUUAUGCGAACAGAAUUAGACCUAUAUGAUUUUAUUAUUUAAAACAUUGUUGAUUGAGAAGUAUAUUAGCAAACAUGUUAUCUUUUUCCAUGUAACUUUGAGCUAUAUGGAUGCAGUUGACCUUUUGGUAAUCAGAUGGGUUUUGGUUA